CUGCGCUCAAAACACAUGACGUUUGUUUACCUCUUCAGUUUCAAUCCUCAUAGAACUGAAAUACUAACAGAAACCCCGCAGUUGGAUUAAGGCCAGCCGGGGAGAUGUUGUCUUAUUUUAAAACCGCCUAGGGAUUUUUAUCUAAAGAAUACCCUCCAAUAGACUUGAUGGGUAGAGGGUUUUAAUUUAUAUUAUGGUCUUAUGACUACUCGAUAAAAAUGAAAGCUGGUUGCCUCCAGCCAAGACCAGCAGUGGUUGUCUUCGUCAUUAAUUUGAUAAUACACACAAGUUGCCAUCUUGCCGACCUGCAGAUAUGUCACACUUGCAACGGGACUUUGUUAAACGACACCGUGGUGGGCCGUUUCUGCUCCUCCUCCGACGGCCGGGUCGAGGGACGAUGCUGCUUCCAGAAUCUCAACUCCAGCACCACGGUACACGUCAUAGGGUUGGACUUGUCAAACUGCUCUUUGGACCAGAUCGACGACCUACAAGAUGCGUCUACAGCGGUUGUCAUUGACCUCAGCGGCAACCCCAUUGUGAACAUCAGUGACUUUGUGUUUCAAGGCUGUUCUGCUUUAAAUGAAAUAUUACUGCCAACCAACCUGCUGUGCCCUGGAGGCAAUGCAUCAUGGGAAUCGAUUGCGGUCUCUGAGGGAAGUGUUAUCUGUCGGGGUCAGAAGAGCAUGUGCAAUGAAACCAGACACAUGACGCUCUUCUGCCCCGAGAACUCCUGCUGUGCCCCCAACGGACCCGGGUUCUUCAGUUGCCGCUGCAUCGACGGUUACCAUGGAUACAAAUGUCGUCGAGAGGGGGAGUUUCCGUUCAUCCAGGUGUUUGCUCCGAUUGGGGUCGGCAUGGUGAUGUUGUCCAUCCUGCUCUGGGUCGUCCAGAGACGCAAAGUCAAGACCAACUGACCUUUUUAAACCCUGGCCCCUCCCUGGCUUGGAAGCUUUGCUUCUUGUUUUUAAUAUCAACUCGUUUUAAACUGACACCAUUUUCAUUUUCAUACUACUGACAUGUUGCCACUACUCCAAACUGUAUUUUUAUUUUAUGAUUUAUUUUAUUUUUCAAAGCGUCUAUGUCUCAAUCAAGGGAAACGGCAUCCAAGAAGACAUUAUUUGUAUUUUAAAAAUGAUUUUAUGUUUUUAACAACCUUUUACUAAUAACUUUAUCUGAUGCAACCGACUGUAGGUCAUCAGCUGUGUUUUAAAAUGAUAGAACUGACCUUGGAGGGAUUUGAAAGGGCUCAAUGUUUACAUGGACGCAGAAUUUUACUUUUAAGAAUUUGUUGCUGUAUGUAUUUUGAGCAAUAAUACGUUUUGUUUUUUUAACGUACAUACGCAUGUUCAUAGCUUCUAUUGCGAAACUAAGAUUAUGCUGUAUUUUGAUCCAUAUUUUACACAUUGGGCAUUAAUGUGACUGUUUGUAGGAGUUCAUAAUGGGACGUGGUUGUUCAAAGAUCUUUGCAAUCAGAACUUGAUUUAUUAAGAAAUGUCUUAAAACACUUCCUUAAAGAAAACGCAGUUCAUAUCUUUGGUUACAUUUUACAUAAGAUAAAUACUAAUGUUAAGUCCGACAUUUAAAAUUGUCCCCAUACUGUAUAUUUAGUAAUGCCAUGCGUUUAUAGCUCUAUACACGCAUAAUAGAUAUCAGCCAAUUUGCAAUAUGCGCUGCUAACAUUUCUUCCAUACCUUGUCUGGUAGAAGACUUGAGAACUUGAAACCAGCAGUCCUUCUAAGCACAGUUGGACUACCUUAGAAGUAAAUGUACUAAAGUAUGCCACAUAGCAGUAGCAUAGCUAGGUCCUCUAACGAUUAUCUCCACUCAAACUGACAACUUAAACGAACAGCCUCUAUAUCUCUUUUGUAUAAACCUUUUUCUAUUGCUUGGUUCUUCACUUAAACUGUAUUUGCCUUGAGACAAUAUGUCACCCUCCCUCUCAACAUUUUUUGCCCUUUGGAUAUAGCAUGGGAUUCUAUCAUUUGUUUAUUGAACAAGUUUCAUAUACAUCUAUAGAUAUAUACAAAUAAAUCUUUAAUUCUGCCUCCCCCCCCCCCC